CGCGGUGCGGAGACGAGCGUAAUCGCGAUCGACGCGGGACGCAGCCGGCGGCUGUUAAGUAAAAAUCGCAGGUGAAGUGGGCAACUGCGAGCGGCGUGGAGAGGAGAGCGAUCGUCAGUCGUCGCAUUCGCGUAUACGGCGUAACGGCGCAAGGGCGAGCGAACCGUCCGCGGCGAGUGGCAGUCGGUGGCGAGGAGGCGACGGCGACGGGGACGAUCCGCUCGUCCCGGGGGACACGACGACACCUGCUCGCCUCUGUGACACGGGAGACGGUGCGGUGGAUACGCACCUACGUAGGAAUACAUAUGCGGGGGUACAUACGCGGAUGGACGUACUCGUCGACGGCCAUACUCAAACAACAGCCGAACGGAGUGCGCGGCGCGAGAGAUGAAGUGAUAAUAGAGUCGAAUCCGAGAGAGUAAAGGGAGAUCUCUGCGAGAUUAUUCGCGCGCGAAGCUACGAGGGAGAACGAGGCGAGACGAGAGAGAGAUCACGAGCCGAGGAGCUUGGUCGAAUCGAGUCGGCGCGAGUGUAGGAGCCGCGAUAUAUCGGUGUGCGAGAGCAGCGAGAGGCGAGAGCCAGCGGGCCAGCAGCAGUAACAGCAGCGAGAAGAGCACGAAGGAGCGGCCGGAACGGGCGGAAGUGCGGGCCGUGCGUGCCUGCCUGCCUGCGUGCGAAGAAGCGUCGGGAAAGGGGGUAGCAGAGCGGGAGACCCGAACGGGGAUCCAGUUAGUCGGCGAGAUGAGCGCCAAGACGGACGUGAACAGGCGGGUCUUGGCGAUCCAGGCGAAGAAGAAGCGGCACAAGCCCAGCAAGCGCAAGGGCAAGGCCAAUUCCCAGAGUGAUCAGGACGCGCAGAGCUCCAAGGGACCGCGUAGCGGGCAAGAGGCGGCCGCCGCUGCCUUCCCGUGCACCGACACCCGCAUGCAGCAGCGCGUCUUCGUCAGUGACAACGUGACCAGACUGGACCGUGGACUUGAACCGUGUCAUAGUUCUAGCAAUGAAACGAUAGAAGAUGAUGACGAAGUGUUCAGUAGCGAAGAUGAGGAACAAGAGGACAGCAGUGACUAUUGUAAAGGCGGAUACCACCCUGUGAAGAUAGGAGAUCUCUUUUUAAAUCGAUAUCAUGUCACUCGUAAGCUCGGAUGGGGUCACUUCUCCACUGUGUGGCUUUGCUGGGAUUUACAGGAUAAGCGUUUUGUUGCGCUUAAAAUUGUAAAAUCUGCAUCCCAUUUUACUGAGACUGCAUUGGAUGAAAUUAAAUUGUUAAAAGAUGUGCGCGAUACAGAUCCCAUUGAUCCUAAACGCAAUAAGACCGUCCAGUUGCUCAAUGACUUCAAGAUUAGCGGCAUAAAUGGUCUGCAUGUUUGCAUGGUAUUUGAAGUGCUUGGACAUAAUCUUCUUAAAUUGAUUAUCAAGUCAAACUACAGAGGAAUUCCAAGAAAUAACGUAAAACGCAUCAUCAGACAAGUUCUCGAAGGUCUUGACUAUCUUCAUAAUAAAUGUAAGAUUAUUCAUACAGAUAUUAAACCCGAAAAUGUUCUUGUAUGCGUUGAUGAGACUUAUAUACGAAAAUUAGCUUGUGAAGCGACAGAACUGCAUUCUAUGGGAGCGAAAUUGCCAGUGUCUCUGAUUUCCACUGCGCCAAAGGAGUUUCAAGAACCCAUACCAAAUUCCAAAAUGUCUAAAAAUAAGAAGAAAAAAUUAAAGAAGAAAGCCAAGCGCCAAAAUGAGCUCUUGAAGAAACAGAUGGAGCAGAUCGAGGAAUUAGAGGAACAAAGUAAACUUGCGAAUAGCACAAGAGAGAACGGGGAGCUUGAGACGAAUAGCCUAGAUCAGGAUCUUAAUACAGAAAGUAUAGAAGACAAUACAGAGAGCAAAGGUUCACCCGACAUUUCGGAACCGUCUGCACCUUCCUUACAUAUGAAUGGAGUAGAUGAUUUAGCGGGCGGCGAAAAGAUACAGAAUACAUCGCCCGAACAAUCCGAGAAAAUAGACAACAUGACUCUAUGCGAUGUGGAAAAAAAUUGCGGCGAAGGUGUAUUACCACCCGAUGCUGAAGAUACCGACGAAUGUAGCGAAGGUCGUAGGUCAUUUAAUCCACCGGAAAGUAAACAAUUGAAACGGGCAUUCGUAUCGCCCUUGGAUCCCGCCAUAAUGGAGUGCGAGGUCGAUGUGAAGAUAGCGGAUCUCGGAAACGCGUGCUGGGUUCAUAAGAAAUUCACAGAUGACAUUCAAACUCGUCAAUAUAGGUCGCUCGAGGUUUUAUUAGGCUCCGGAUACGAUACCUCUGCUGAUAUAUGGUCUACCGCUUGUAUGGCGUUCGAAUUGGCGACUGGUGAUUAUCUUUUUGAACCGCACAGUGGGAAAGAUUACUGCAGAGAUGAAGAUCAUUUGGCCCAUAUAAUUGAAUUGCUAGGAGAAAUACCGAGACGUAUCGCUCUUUCGGGAAAGAACUCAAAGAUAUACUUUAACAAAAAAGGUGAAUUGAAGCAUAUUACCGGGUUAAAACCGUGGGGCCUGUAUGAAGUGUUGACGGAGAAAUAUGACUGGACGCCGAGCGAAGCGCGUGAGUUCGCAGAGUUCCUAACACCGAUGCUCGAAUUCAAUCCGAGCAUGCGAGCUACUGCAGCCGAGUGUCUGAAGCAUCCAUGGCUGCAAAUCAAAAAGUGAUCGCGUUUUUUAUUAUUUUACCUGUAAUAUCCUUCUCGCCUGCCCCCACUUUCCUCUUUCCCCUCCCCUCCAAUUUUCACCCCAGUUUUACCGCCCAAUUAUCGCGAUUAUAAAUCGAGAGUGUUUAGGAAGCCGAAAAUAUCUGCAACGUUGGAUGUGCUAUUUCACGUACUGAAAAUUAUAAUUCCACGAGCCAAUUUGCGUACGAAGUGCAUCGUUUCAAGAGCGCACAUACACACACAUACACACAUAUACAUACAUACACACAUUAGAAAAAACUAUUUGAUAUACGAAUUACGGGAACGAAUUGUAUCAUAUGUUGUUAUAUUAAUCAUACGAGUGUGUCUCCGCGUAGGGAAUGCUACCGAAAAUGAAUGAAACCGAAAAUGUUUCAAGAAGAUUGUUAUAUAUCCUUUACAAAAUGGUGAUUUGACAAUAUCGCGAAAGUCGCCUCAAGGAAACCUUUCGAAUGUAACGAGCGAAGUGUCGCAAAAUCCGGAAAUCGUUGAAGAUCUUGCAACAUUCCGCUGAUUUCCAUAUAUAAACGGCCGCGCGCGUGCUUCCUAAUACAACACUCUCAACAUCAUCGGCUGAUCAUGUGUAAUUGUACACCUGUUAAAUCGUGUUUUAAUUAAUGAGGAGAAAACUGAAAUUAAAAAAAUUUCAUAGUA